AAAUGAGGGGUGAAAAAAAAUACCCACCUAAUGCCGCUCAUCACAUCACCCUGCUGCUAACCCUCCAUGUCGGUGAAAAAUAACCCCGCGAGGGGAAAAAUCUCCUUGUGCGAGUGAUCAUUAAGAGCUGUCGAUUUAGCGAGUCCCGCCCGCUCCACAGUUGUAAUGAUAAGGGGGCGCCAAAAGAGGAAUAAAGAAGGAAAGCACAUCUAUCAAGGAUCGCUUCAACGCAGCCGAACUGGGUAACAACACGAACGGCAAAACGGUGAAAUGUUUUUUUUUUUCUAACCUUUGGCGAAACCUUUUAGGAGCGAAGCGGCACAGGCGGAAACGCAUUCCCUGAUUUGUUACAUGCGCGGUAGUGCCCUUGGCUGGGGGGCACACGUUUGAAAAGGCGACCCCUCCUCGCCGCGUAGCAACGUAGCAACGUAGCAGCGUAGCAGCGUAGCAACAUCGCCGCUUCACCGCCACACCGCUUAACCUUCACACCAUGGGGGGCGCCGACGCAUUCGUGCAGGAGUACAUAAACAGCAACAUCGGCAAAAUCGAAGACGUGGAAAUGCACGUGGAAAAAAUGAACCGAGAGAUAAUGCAACUUGACAGAACCAUCAGCGAAAAGGUGGAGAGGCACAUCCUAAGUCAAAGUGAGUACGACCAAAAGUUAAAACACAUAAAAGAAAAAAUGAAAAUAAUUAAUAGCCAAAUGGAGCUAGUGGGUAAAAAAACAGAAGAAAGUGAACACAUCCUAGUGAAGUUAUGUAAAGAUAUUAAAAAAUUAGACAUAGGGAAAAAAAACGUAACGGAAACGAUUAUAGUGAUGAAAAGAAUCGUUAUGGUCAUCACUGCUAUGAGCGGCUUGAAAAAAAAGGCCCUGAAGAGGGAGUACAGUGAGUGCAUCCCCCUCGUCUCCGUCAUCAAAGAAAUGCUCAUACAUAUAAGCGACUUGAGGACAAAUGAAAAGUUAAAGACACUGUAUGAAGAUGCCAACACCCUUUUCGACGACCUAAAGCACCAGAUAAGGGAAGAUAUCGAUUUGGUGUUCGACCCUGAUGUGCACAUAGAAAAGAACCUCAUCAUCGUGAAUGAGGUGAACCACUCAGAAGGAGACAACAUGUCCAUCAACCUGCUCGAUGCUUGCAACUGUUUGUAUCAUUUGGAUCAAAAGUUAGUCUCCAAUGUGGUGAAAAAAUUUUCCAACUUUUUUCUCGAAAAAUAUAUUAUCAUUUUUGAAAAUCAAGCAAAUAAUUUGGAAGGAAUUGAUAGACGCAUGGCGUGGUUGAAGCGGGCUUUGAAUACGUAUGAACAUGUCUAUGCUCAUAUUUUUCCCCCGACUUAUAAUAUGCCUUACCAUGUUGUCUGCAAAUUUUGCUCCCUCACCAAAAAACACAUCGUCAAAAUUAUGUCUUCUUCGAUCGACCAGAUGAACCCCGUUUCGCUAAUCCAGACUGUCAUCAAGGUGAUUAAUUUUGAAAAUUAUUUAUCCAAAAGUGUGACGUUUUGCAGUAAAAAGGGGCCCACCUCGCAUGAUGUGUACUCUUCUUUGGAGUUCCCCUUCCCAGAGCUGAUUAUGCAGGGGGAGCACAGAAAAGACCAAAUGGACAGCACUAAAUGUGGCGUGGGGGACCCCUCCAUUAACGCCGAACAUGAUGAUACUCCUUCGCACGCGCCGCAAAACUUCAAGGGAGUCAUCUCAUGCGCGUUCGAUAGCUACCUGUGCAGCUGGCUAAAAUAUGAAGAGAAAAAAAUUCUUCAAAAAUUUGAAAACAUAAUAAACGAAGAAAAUAAGGAAGAUCCGCUGGUCGCAGGAAGACACAGUGAAUGCGUAUUACCCUCCUCGGAAAAGGACCCCCUCCAUGAUGCUAAUAAAAUGUUAAAAAAAAAGGAAAACAAUCAGCACGUGGAUCCCGAAAUGGGGGAAGAAAAACACACAGUGUAUAAGUCGGCCUACAAAAUGUUCUACCUGUACAAAAGCUACGUAAACAUGAUUCUUCAAUUUAGCGACUGCCAAACGCUGUACGAUUUUGUCACUUUUUUUAAAACCCUUUUGUUCAAAUAUAGUGAAGAGCUAAACAGAAGAAUUAUAAAGGAAGUCAAGGAGGAAAAGAAAAAUGAGCACUUCAAAUUGCUCUCCCUCAUAAUCAACACAAGUUAUUACGUGGAACAAACAAUGAAUGAAGCGCUGGAAAAUCUCAUCAAAGUGAUUGACCCAAUUUAUAAGGACAAAAUUUGCUUCAAACAAGAGGAACAGGAAUUCUUGCAAAUAAAAACGAAAUGCAUAAAAGGAAUUAUCCUCUUUGUAGAAAAAAAAAUAAAUUCCAUCAUUUCGAGCAAAGAAAUUGCAAACCUAUUUGACCCAAAUGAUGUCCAAGAGAAGACUCCGUACGUAACUACUAUGGACCUAUUUCUGCGUGAAUAUUUUUCCUUCUUUAAAAAAAUUUUUAACGAGACCUACUUGAUUUAUUUGCUCGAAAAAACGACCGCACUGAUCAUUCAGCAGUUUUACCACACCAUUUUUUCGUUUCAGUUCAUGACCAACGUGACUGCCCAGCAGCUACUUUUGGACUGCCACGCGAUUGAAAAGGGGUUGUUCCAAACGGCAGCUCUGUUGAGCACAACACGGGGGGAGCAGCCCCCCCACGGAGCAGCGGCGGAGGCGCACACAUGCGCAGCGGCAUCCGCAUCCGCAUUGGCAGACGACGAGUGCAUCAUCCCGCAGACCUACUUCAAUUACGUAAAAAACCAAAUGAGAAAAAUUCAGUUUCUAAUUAAAAUAUUCAUCUCGAAUAUCUACGACAUGGACUCCUUCAACAUGCUGCUCUCCGAAAGUAACAACAUUUGCACCAUCGAGGAGAUAGAGAAGAUCCUCUCUCUGAAGGAGGACGCCACGGGGGCGAAGGGACCCCCGAGGGAGCCCAGCCAAAACAAGAACUACGUGCACGACAUUAAGGAGCGGGGCAUGAAGGCCGCGGAGGAGGUCAAGUUCUUCUUCAACAGGAUUACCAGCAUGUAG